AUGAAAAAACCGAGACCGCAAACCGCUGUUCCCACAAAAGCGGAACUGCUUUUCAAAGUAAGUAAAGAUAUCCCAAAAUGGUAUUCGUUCGAAAAUCCUUCAACGCUUACUUCGCCAUCAAAAACGACCAACGAAAAAUAUGAUAAAGAAAAAUGUGAAAAAAUCUAUCGAGAAGAAUAUGAUCUCUAUCAGAAGCUCUAUCAAAAAGAUCAAUCUUCUGAUUAUCAAUGGUUACAAACGUCACUUUCGACAACAUCCAAAGAUCGUCUCGCUGCUCUAGUUACAUUGAUACGUCGUUCACCAAUUCAUGGGUUACAAGAAUUAGAAAACCUAGUUAAUCUUUUACGAUCGAGUAUUCAACAUCGUCGUGAUGCAUUAACAAUAGCUGAAAUUCUUGAAGAUGUUUUCGUUAACACUUAUUUACCGGAAAAUCGUCGUUUAUUUUUCAUUAAUCAACAACCAAAUCAACUGACUACAAAACAAGCAGCUGCGCUUGCGUUUGUUGAAGAAACAGUUAAACAACUUUAUUCAAGUUUUAUUGAUUUACUUCAACAAAUAGCUCAUGAUCCAAUUGCUCAGAUACGUAUUAAACCGAUAUCAAUGCUCGAACGUUUAUUAUCUCAAAGACCAGAACAAGAAAAACGUUUACUUGAAUUAAUUGUUGAUAAAUUAGGUGAUCCAGAUUCUACUGUUGCUUCCAAAACACUUCAUUUACUCAAUCAACUUUUGGAAAAACAUCCGGGUAUGAAAAAUGUUCUUGUUAAUGAAAUUGAACGACUUCUCUUUCGACAAAACAUUCGGCCAAGUGCACAACAUUAUGCUUUAUGUUGUUUAACAGCAAUAAUAUUUACAAGUCAAGACAAUGAUUUAGCGAAUAAACUUAUCAAAAUUUAUUUUGCUCUGUUUCGGUUAUUUAGCAUCAAAGAAAAUGUUAGUUCAAAAUUUUUUGCUAUACUUCUUGGUGGCGUUACUCGAGCUAUUUCAUUUGCUAAAGUUGAUCUUGAAAAUAUUAUGGAACAUCUCAAUGAUUUAUUUCGUAUUGUUCAUUCAACAAAUUUCAAAACCAGCGUUCGAGCAUUACAAUUACUUUUUCGUAUCGCUGAACAACGAUCUGAAAUUGAUGAACGAUAUUUCAAUGCAUUAUAUAAAAAAUUAUCCGAACCAGAAUGGAAAAAUUUUAAAAUGCUUUCAACAUUUCUCAAUCUUAUAUUUAAAUCAAUGUUAAAAGAUACCAUGGAACCUCGCAUACGAGCAUUUAUUAAACGUCUAUUACAAUUAUGUCUUUUUAAUGAUGUACCAUUUAUUUGUGGUAUACUGUUACUUAUAUCUGAAGUCGUCAAACGACAUCCAAGUGGUCAAAGAUUGCUUUUGUUUUCUCAAAAACCAAAUAUUCUAUCAUCAAAAGGUGAUAAAACAGGGGAAGAUGAUGAUGACGAAGAAGAACAUUUUCAUGAUGUUGUUACUGAAGAAGAUAAUCAACCAUUACAAAUUGUACCGCAAGUCUGUUCAUGGGAUCAUAAAAAUUUAAAUAAAAAAACUCACAAUCAUGCGACUCAUUACGAUAUACAUAAGCGUAAUCCAUUAUAUUGUGGCAGUGAUUAUACAUGUUUACAUGAAUUGAUGUUUCUUAAAAAUCAUGCUCAUCCGACGGUUGCCUUAUUUGCUCAAAAUAUUUUUGAUGGAAAGUCAAUCGACUAUAAUGGUAAUCCAUUAGUUGAUUUUAAUUCGAUGCGAUUUUUUGAUCGUUUUGUUUAUAAAAAUCCAAAGAAACAAAUUACAAAACAUGAAAUUCUAAGAAAGAAAUCUCGUCAUGCUGCUGGCCAUCUUUAUUUACCGAAAGGUGUUAAAGCCGUGCCUGUUGAUAGCAGUGAAUAUACACGAUUAAAUUCGGCGCACAUUCCAGUCGAUGAACGUUUUCUUUAUACAUUUAUGAAAAUGCGCCAAGAAAAUAGUGAAUUAGCGCAGGAGAAAAGAAAACAAAAAUCUUCUGAAGACGACAUUGAUGAUAAUGAAAGCGUUUCAAGUGUUUCAGACGAUGAAUUUGAUAAAUAUUUGGAUCAUUUUAUGGACGAUAUGGAUAAAGACGAAAUCGACCUUGAUGAAAACGAUAAUAACAGUGUCGAAGAUAUUGCAAGUACUGUUCAACGUGUUCACCGUACCGAUGAACUAGAAAAUGAUGAUUACGAUAAUGACGAGGAUGAGGAUACGAUUAAUCGUCCUUUUACAUUAAAUGAUGGUGAUGAACUAUCCGAUGAUGUGCAACUCGAUGAUAAUGAACAUGACACAGUCAGCAAUCAAAAUAUUCGUGAAAAUUUCCAAGUGAAUAAUGAAAGAGAAAUGAAACAAAUCAAAUGGGAACUUGAUCGUGAACGUACAUUUGCUACCCGACAACGUCGCUAUGAUAAACAUAUGAAGAAAACAAGUAAACGAAAACCAAAAUUAACUCGUCGUGAAAAACGUCAACAAAUGAAUCAACCAAAUAUUAAAAAAAAGAAACGUGUUCAUUUUAGUUGA